AAAUCUUGAAAAGCUUAGCAGGCAAUAAAAAGUUCUUCAUGGGACACCCUAUUGAAACGGAAGUGAAACAAAGGGGUGUGCAGAAAAUUCCAUGUAGCACGUUGUUCGUGUCAAGUGCGCGAAGCAGUCGGGAAGAAGAAGUUGCUAGAAGAAAACGGAGGCAGUUUUCAGCUGAGAUUUUCCAUAGUUUCCCUAAAGUGGUGGUCCCCUCUCUCGCGGUAGAAAUCACACACAAUCUUCAGACAAAGUGUGGGACACAACGAAGGUGCAGUGCAGGAAACCCAUGAUCGGUGAAAGGCAAAAGUGAAGAACGGUGUUGCAGCAAUGGCAGAUGAGAAGUUUAAGUUUUUCGAAGGUGUGGAAAAAUUGCUGGAGAUUUGGUUCAAGAAACCACCAUCGAACAAGAAUGCUGAUCUCAGGAAGAUACCACGACCAAUGUGGGAUGCUCUCCUGAAAUCUGUUCGAUGUGAAAUCAUCAGCUUCAGUCGCAAUGAUCAAAUUGAUGCGUACGUCUUGAGCGAGAGUAGCAUGUUUGUGUCACGUCGCAGGUGGAUUCUGAAGACAUGCGGCACGACAACUCCAUUGCAGUGUUUGGAGCCACUGCUGGAGAUGGCGGAGAAGAUUGCUGGGUACACGGAUGUUGAGGAAUUGUUCUAUUCGCGCAAGAACUACAAGCGCCCUGAGCUUCAGGUGUCCCCGCAUCGGGCUUUCGAUGAGGAAGUAGCACUCCUUGAUAGUUUCUUCGACGAUGGACGUGCAUACUGCUUGGGCUCUGUUAAUCGCGACUGUUGGUUCCUGUAUACGCUGAGCCGCGGGGGAGAGGCUCUCCAGCGCCACUUUGGCACACUGAUCCAGCAACGUCCCGUGGCUGCAAUUGCGCCACCGGAUCCGGAUCAGACCAUUGAGAUCCUCAUGACGGAGAUGGAUCCCCAAGUGAUGGCUAUUUUCACCAAGGAGGACUCCAUGAAUGCCAAGGAAGCCACGGAGAAAUCUGGCAUCCAAAACAUUCUGCCGGGAAUGAAAAUUGAUGACUAUCUCUUUGCACCAUGUGGAUACUCCAUGAAUGGAAUUUCCAAGAAUGGAUACUACAUGACGAUCCACAUAACGCCAGAGAGGGAGUUCUCCUAUGUGAGCUUUGAGAGCAAUGUGGCUGCCACAAACUAUGGAGAUCUAAUUGCCCGGGUGAUUGAAACUUUCCAACCCGGUAAGUUCAUUGUGACGCUCUUUGCCAAUAAGAGCUCCCCGGCAUUUGCGGCAGCACGCGAAUUGGAUCGUGCCGAGGAGAUUGGCGAGUGGCAGCGUCGUGACAUUCAGUACUGUCGUUUCCAGAGCUACGAUCUGACGUAUGCGCAGUACUGCAAAUUCCCGAGCUGAGGGUUACAGUGGGUGCCCCCCUUUGGGGCGGAAAUGCUUCCUGUCCAUCAUUUUUCCCUUUGUUUCCCACCCAAUCUCAAUGCCAGCCUCUCUGCCACGCUCACGGGGGAUUUCCUGGAGGAAUCCACCGGGGGUGUGGGUAAAAUAAAUGUUAAAAAUAAUUUAACACGGCAUGGCCGUGUUAAUGAUUUGAUCAAUCACGAAUCACAUGCAACACGAUUCACUGAUUUUGCUCAAUUCUUCGACAUUCCCAUUAUACUUGGCAUGGUACUUAUACAAUUGAUCUCCAUUGCUGUGGUGUUCAAUGCGGAGGAGUACUCCCCAUUGCUCCUCUUCUCGUGGUGGCGCAAUAAAAUCUCUUGAGGUACGGCACAACGUGGUGAAAUGUUCGCCAUUCGUUGUGUGAACAAUUGACAUAUAUUUUCCGCCAAUUUGGUUGAUUUUUGCACUACUUGCCAAUUAACACCUCAUGAGAUUAUUUCUUCCAAGAGCCACAAAGACGUGAGUUUACUUUGGCCACGUGCAUCAAUGGGGAUUUUAUGACAACGCCAUUACUGCAUGGAUAACAUACCAUUCAAUGGGAUAAGAUGAUUUCUACUAUUUUUUCUCCUUUUCUACUUACUUCAUACCUACCUGAUUGUCUCCGGGUUGCGCCCCAUCCCACACACAAAUUUUUCAUGACAUUACAACAAAUUUUUUUUAAACUAUUUUUCAUGAUAUUUUGUUUUUUUUUUAACGGAUGGAAAUCUCAUAUUAUACGAUUUUAUAGAGAGAAAGAGAGAGAGAGAGAGUAUUGUACUCAAUUUUAAGGAAAAGAUAAAAAAACAAAAUGAUAUUACUCUGCAUAAAAUAAAAAAUAAACCUAAUUGUUAAAUAAGAUUAAAAAUAAUAAUAAAUGAAUACAUAUAUAACUUUCUCUGUGUUUGUUGGGAAGAGAAAAUAAAAUUGUGAAAAAAUAAGUGUAGAAGAAACUGAGGAAGUUUCAGUAAUCACUCUGAACUGAUUUAGAUGGAUUUGAGAUUUUUUUUUCUGGACUAUUUCUGUUUUAUUUUAUUUUUAAGGAAAUUACACAGAAAUAAUGAUAAAAAUCGUAAAAAAAAUCCAUUAAAUAUGAGUUUCUAAACAAAAAACUUGUACUCCAAAGGAGUUUAUUCAUUUUAUGUGAGCUAAACUUACAUUCGAGCAUACAAUUGGGAAUCAAAGCAUUUUCCUGUAGAGAAUCAGAAAAGAAUAUGAAUUUGCCAAUGAGAAUUCCUAUUUCAUUAAUGAUCAGCUGGGAAAUCCAAAAAAAAAAGAUUUGCUCAAAAACGCUAACGAUGACGUCACCACUGAGUAUUUUUAAAUGUUUUUUAAUGAAUGAAACAUUCACGACUAAUUUUAUGUCGAUAAAUGAAUAAUUCCGUGCUUUAUGCAUUGAGAGGUAAAAAGAGAAUUACAGUCAAAAAAACACACAUAGUGACGUCAUUGUGUAUAAUUUUGGACAAAUAUUUGCUUUUUUCCAAGCUGACUUCUUUGUAAAAUGGGAUGUCUGUGGCGAUUUAUAAUUCUUCAUUGAUCCUAUGCAAUAUUACACGUUUUCCAAUUGUUUUUUUUUUAGGAGGGGGUUUCCCACAGAAUAAUGAAUAAACUCCUUUUAUUCUUCGGUAUUUAAGGGGGGUCUCUUGUGAGAGCUGGUGAAAUUAAAUAUUUUUAUUUUUCUUGGGGUUUUUCUUAAACUUGGUUUUUCAAUAUUGGUUACAUUUGAAGCCCAAUUAUUGAAGAGUAAGAAAAUCACUUUCCGCCAUCUUAGAUGCGACGCCAUCUUGAGAUUUUCCUCAAAACACAAAGGUAGGUUUUUCUCAGGAUCUACUGGAUGGAUUUUGAUGGGGUAAAAAGCAAAUGAAAGAGGAAAUACCAAUGCAGAUUUUGAUGUACCAGAAUUUUGAAUUUCCACUCUGGGGCUGAGAAAAGUGGAAAAAUGUGACUUUUUUCUGAUAUUUUUGACGUUUUUCCACUUUUCUCAGCCCCAGAAAGGAAAUUCAAAAUUCCGCUACAUCAAAAUCUGCAUUGGUAUUUCCUCUUUCAUUUGCUUUUUACCCAAUCAAAAUCCAUCCAGUAGAUCCUGAGAAAAACCUACCUUUGUGUUUUAGGGCAGUUCUAUGGAAAAGUCGGAAAAUCACAAGAUGGCGUCGCACCUAAGAUGGCGAAAAGUGAUUUUCUUACACUUCAAUAAUUACGCUUCAAAUGUAACCUACAUCGGAAAACCAUGUUUAAGAAAAACCCCGAAAUUUACAUCAUUAAAAAUUAUGUAAAUUCUAACAAUUUUCCCAAGAGACCCCCCUUAACGAAAACUCAUGAAAAUCUUUAAUAUUUUAUUAAAAAAAAUUGGUUCAAAAGUAAAUGAAUGUUUCGAAACAUUUUUAAAAAAAAAAUCCAUCUAAAUUGGAAUGUUCUGGUGAAAAUUCUAUGCAAUUUAUUGUAAUUCAAAAUGUCCCUAAAGAGAUGCUUAAAAGUAAUAUUUCAGUGCAGCCAAGAUGGGGCGAGAGGUCAAGCGAAAGUUGAAAAAUUUGAUCCUCAAAGUUGUCUAAAAAAAAAAAGGAUUAAAAAAAAUCAUAGAAUGGGAGAAGAAAAUUGUGAAGAUAAAAGAAUGUUGCAUGUGAUUCCUUAGAAAGUAGAAUGUAGAAUGGCGAUUAAAAAUCAAUAUUUACGAGUAGAUAAAAAAAUGUAAGGACAGGAAGCAUUAAGAAUUGCAGAUGAAAAAAUGUCUUGAAAAGCUGAUAAGAAAUAACUUGAUAAGAGAAAAGAAAAUUAAUUCCAUGGACAUAAAGAAAAUUGGUUGAAAAACUUUUUUUUGGAAGAUUUAUAAAAAAAAACAAACAAAAAAAUUAAAUCUAUUAACAUUUUCAGAGAAUUUAAACUUGUAGAGAUUUAUAAAAAAAAAAUGUCAUUCACACAAUUUGAAUAAUAUUUAAAAUAUAUGGUGUACCUUGUAGAAUUAACAAACUUAAAAGCAAAAAAAACGAGAGAAUUUUGUCUAAAAGCUCCUUAUUGCAAAAAUUAAAUGGAAUUAGUUUUCUUCAUCGUAGAAUUUCAGAUUGACGAAUUUUUGCAUUCAACUUUAACUGUAUUAUUUUUUAGUGACAUGAGAUGUAAUUGUAGAGAAGAUGAAACAAACAAAUAUUACUCUUUAAUGGAUUUUACUAAAAGAAAAGAAAAAAAUAAGAAACAGUUUAAUGAAAAAUGAAUUUUGCUGACAGAGAAAAUCUUUAUGGAAUAAAAAUUCAAAUUCUUAUCACAAAAAA